AAGAUGACUCCUCCAGUGUGCAUCAUAUAACUGGUCCCUUUUCUCGUUCAUGCAAUGAGCAGUGGGUUGUGCACUCGCGGCUAUAUGAAAGCCGAAUUGCCGAUUUAUCUGUAUGACGGAGAUUCCUAGUUGUCCAAUUUGAUAUUACCUAACUAUGUUGCCUAUAUGCAAACACAUUGCAUUUAUUCUGGUAAUAAAUAGAAUGUUACGGCGCAGAAUGUAGGUCGGAGCUCGCCCGACCCGAGUUCGGCUUCUUAGCGAUACUCCGCACUUCUCCAACUACCUGACUGUGAUGUUGAUAACCAGUGAACCGAUGCAUUAAUUACAUCUCUUUUAGCGCGUUCUUUUUCCUUCUAAUAUUAUCGUUUUUCUGGUGCCUUUGAGGUUCGGCAGGAAGACAGAAUGACUGCCAGUAUUUUGUCUACCCGACUGUCAAGAGUCAAAUGUCGAACGACCUUUCCGCCGCAACUUCGCCCAAUCUCUAGAUUUUCUACAUCUCCAAGAGUAUCAGGCUAUGAGGACACUUUGAAGAAUCUCAAAAUUGGUGCGCAUACAAAGGUCUUGUACCAAGGAUUUACCGGUCGUCAGGCAACUGCAAAUGCCAAAGAGUCACUGGACUGGGGGACAAAUAUUGUUGGGGGUGUCAAGCCAGGCGUAGAAGGCGAGCAUCUCGGCUUGCCGGUUUUUCCAUCUGUACGAGCGGCAAAAGAAAAAGUCAACCCAGAUGCUUCCGCUAUUUAUGUGCCAGGAGGUCAGACUGCCCAAGCAAUUGAGGAGGCUCUCGAGAACGAAAUCCCUCUCGUCGUAGCUGUUGCGGAACAUGUUCCCCUUCAUGAUAUGCUACGGAUACACGCCAUGCUCAAAACACAGUCGAAAACAAGACUUGUAGGCGCCAACUGCCCUGGUAUUAUAUCUGCGGUAGGUAAGUGCCGUAUCGGAUUCCAGCCUCUGCCGUGCUUCUCCCCCGGCAGGAUAGGUAUCGUGGCCAAAUCCGGUACGUUGAGUUAUGAAACGGUUGCUUCUACGACAAGGGCUGGUCUGGGUCAAAGUCUAUGUAUCAGCAUGGGAGGAGAUGUCUUGGCUGGUACAACUUUUGUCGACGCCUUGAAAAUCUUCGAGGACGAUCCUGAUACAGAUGGAAUUAUGAUUGUGGGUGAGGUAGGAGGCACUGCCGAGUUGGAUGCGGCAGAGUGGAUUAAGGAUUACCAUAAGAGAAACUCCAAUCCCAAACCGAUCAUGGCACUUCUAGGAGGAUUGGAAGCUCCUCCCGGCCGAGUUAUGGGGCAUGCUGGGGCAUGGGCAGCACCCGGCGAACCUGAUGCGAAGGCCAAAUACCAGGCGCUCGAGAAAGCCGGCGUGACUCUGGUGUCGCAUCCUGAAAAGUUCGGGGCUGGAAUGAAGGCUCUCCUUGGAGCUAGGAGGUAUCGCUCGAAUUUUUCAACGCUUCCCAAGUCAGCCAGUCAGCAGAGAGGCUUCCACACCAUGAGACGGUUCAAAAAUCCUGUUAACUCCCGAAGCUUUCAAGGGCAACGGUGUUCCCUAUAUAUAAAGCAGCACCAAGCAUUUGAAAAGCUCGAGAAAUACACAAUCAAAACGCAAGAAAAACCUGCGGGCCCGGAGGACUUCAACCUAUCGAUUACCGUCGAUCGAACGUCACUGUCACCAUGCAUCACAGUUUCUUCUGUCUCUGCAUCUCGUGGACCCUCUCUGAGAAUCCCUUUCAAUUACGAGAGGCCCGAGUUUUUCAACGAAAACAAUACUAUAAUACACGAUAUUGGUUCCUUCCUUGCUAUCCCGAAAGACUGCCAUGGAGAUCUGGGCAUAUAUAUUAAUAGCCUCUAUAACAUCUUCAAAAAAAAUGAGGCGUUUGCCCUCGAAACAAGAGCUUCACUCUCCGAGGAGGACGGAAAAUUGAGAGUGCAUGCAGCCCAUUUUGGCUUUGAUGAUGCCGCUUUUAAAAGUUCUGACCGACAAAAAGAAGUGCAUGCUUUACGUGAUACCAGGGAGGAGGUCCCGGAGGAAGUUAUUGCAGAGACAAAGGGGAUUAUUUACGUUAAACUCGCUGGUGAGGGAAGCAUUGGGACUUUAGUCAAUGGCGCGGGUCUUGCGAUGAAUACGGUUGAUGCACUUAUAUUGAAAGGGGGCUCCCCCGCCAAUUUCCUCGAUACCGGCGGCAAAGCAACCACGGAAUCUGUGAAGUCGUCCUUUCGUAUUCUUUGCUCGGAUGCACGUGUCAAGACCAUCUUUGUCAAUAUUUUUGGCGGCCUCACCAGGUGUGACAUGAUUGCUGAGGGCAUCAUCAUGGCUUUCCGGGAUUUGGACAUGAAGGUACCAGUCGUGGUACGUUUGCGAGGCACCAAUGAAGAAAAGGGCCAAAGGAUGAUUGCUAAUAGUGGACUCCCACUACACUCUUUUGACAGCUUCGACGACGCAGCAGACAAAGUCAUCAGUCUUGCUAAAGGGGCGCUAUAGACAAACAAUGUAGAUAUUAUGCAGAUAGAAUCUAUACAGUAUCUAAUUUCAUUGCAAUAUUUUAGCCAAUAUCUGUAUGACGUCCGAAGAAAACUCGGGACUCGGAGCUCAGUAGGCUGCUACAUUAUUUUUGAGUUGCUAUACCUCACUCACAACAGCCUCAGCACUAAGCACAUCCUUUGUCGAGAUGGUUCUAUAUACUAAAGACGAAGUAGAUAAAUCUUGUUGGGGAUCUGAUCUUGCCGAGGUACUUGCGAAUAGCCGUUCCACCGGCCAGGCGUCAUCACAGUAGUUUCUCAUGAGUAAAAGUGGCCUACGGAUUAUUAAUAAUCCUGAGCAAUGCACAACUUUCAUUAAUCUUUACGGCCGAAAUUCAGAAUGCAAAUAGUGGCUGUUGCUCAGAAGAAGAUCAAAUGCUU